AUCGAAAGAAUAAGCCAAACCGAAAUCCGAAAGAGAGGAGGUUCGGUGAUUCGGUGGCCAGCUUUUUCGGCAUCUUUCGGCUUUGGCUUUGGGCCAAAGGUAUCUGCUGUUAGUCGUUAUUUUGGCAGCCGAACGUGCGGAUGCGGCCACCUGUAAGAAGCGCGUCCCAGUCCCAGACCCAGUCCAGCAUCAACAAGUGCUUGCCGCUCAUAAAAAGAGACUGCGCUCAAGGCCCUAAUCUGGUGAACCCCCAGGCACGAAGAGGCUCCCCAGAUACCCAAAACGCCAGAUCGCCAGAUCGGUUAGACAAUAGCAAUUACCCCGCAGAGAGCGAGCGAGGAGGGCUUAUGCAACAGAAGCGGCAGCAGCUGCAAUUGACAUUUGGACAAAAAGUCGGAGACAAAGGUGAGCCGAGGCGAUCUCUGGCAAUAAUCAUGGAUGAACAGAAGCCCCAGCAGCAGCAGCAGCCACAACCGAACCUCGAUGGCAUGUCGAAUGAGGCCUCAUCAGUCAGUGGAUUGAGACGUCAGCCCACAAAAUAUCCGCACGGCCUCAAUAUCACGGUGCAGACCAUCGACGACGACUACUCCCGCGCCUCGACUCUGCGCAGCAAGGGCUCCUCCAGCGAGGAGUCGGCCUGCUGGAGCGACACCCACAAAUAUCGCAUUGGCAUGCUGGGCAGCCCCGAGGCCCUGGCGGAGCUCCAGGUGCGCCGCUACAAGUAUCCCCUGACGAGCCCCAGCUACUACCUGGAGGCGGCCCAGCAGAAGCCCACGCCCCUGAUGCUCUUGGGCUAUGCCCGGCGCGCCUGUCGCUGGAAGUACCUGCGCUGGCCCAUCAUCUUCGUGGCCAGCGUGCUGCUCUUCUUCGGCCUGAUCACCUACUGCCUGUGGCUGCACGACGUGAGUGUGGCCCGGGCACGCUUCCUGCAGCGCCGCCACGAAUCAGCCGUCACGUCCUCCACGAGCAGCAGCUCCGAGGUCUACGAUGAGGAAACCACCACCAGCACGGACCCGGACGGGGACGGGGAGCCCCAGGAGACCACGCGACUCAGAGCGGUCGAGGGGGGGGAGCACACAACGGAGUUCCAGCCAGAGAUGACUUUGGAGGAGGGGCAGGAGGAGGACUACGACGACACCUUGCUGCCGGCAGACAGUAUUCGAUUCACAUCUGGCCACCAGAACAGCUUCGGGGUGCCCAUCGAGCAGGACAAGCGAAUGCUGCAGUUGCUGAAGGACCUACUGCCCAGACCCCAGGCCACGCCUCCAGGCCACGAGCAGCCCCUCACACGCGUCUCGCCCACUCUGCCGCCCCCGUCGGCGGCCAGCGGACGGCCCACAGAGGCCAUGAGCACCACACCGUCGCCGACAAACAGCGGCUGCUACUCCACCAUGCUGCCCAUGUGCCAGGGCGUACUGGACUACGACCUCACCUACAACCGGGAGGGGUCUGCCCCACGGGAUGCCGCCGCCAUGGCGGCGUACGAGGACCUCCUGCGGGCCAACUGCUCGGCGCGGGCCAUCGAGUUUGUGUGCGCGGCCCUGGAGCCGGAGUGCCGGCCCUCGCCCGUGGGCCAGCUGCCGCCGUGUCGAAGGAUCUGCAAGGCCAUUCUGGAGGCCUGCUCCAUAGCUAUAUCCAACUCGGAUGUCCUCAGCGAGCUGUUCGACUGCAGCCAGUACCCCGAUGCCCACGAGAGCCACAAGUGCGAGGAUCCCACGCGGCGGCGGGACGACUGCUAUGCGAAUGAGUUCCAGUGCCACGACGGCAGCUGCAUCCCACAGCAGUGGCAGUGCGACAAGAUCAAGGACUGCUCGGGCGGCGAGGACGAGGACGAGCAGUGUCUGGUGUGCGAGCAGCAGGACGAGUUCCGGUGCCGCUCCAACGAGAAGUGCAUUCCGGAGGGCCAGCGCUGCGACCUCAACUUUGACUGCCUCGACGGCAGCGACGAGGAGGACUGCGACGAGUACGGCUCGGGGGACUCGGCCCCCUUCGACGAGGCGGAGCUGAACGCCUUCCCCAGGGUCUUCUCCUACGCCAGCUUCCUGUCGCCCAACGAGACCAACGACAAGCUGUACACCUACAUCACGGCCACCACGGACGAGGAGGCGGGCACCGAGACCAAGUUUCAGAUCCACCAGGUGGCUGCACCCGUUCCAACGCCAGUGAAUGGCUCCAGCGGCGAGGCAGGACCAGGACCCAAGGGGUUUGUAAACUUUCGGGACAGCAAGGAGAUCAUGAUGACCAGCGACUCGGAGAACAAGUUCAAGUACUCCCAGAGGGCCAAUCGCACUUCCGUGAAGUUCAGCAUCAGUGGACCCACGACGCCGGCGGCAAGGACAGCCAGUGCGAUUCCCAGCUCUGCGUUGGUGCAACAGCGAGGACGCACCACCAGCACCAGCACCACGACGACCACCACCAAGGCCCCACCCACAACACAGACAGCGGUGACUGCCCCAGGGGGUUGUCUGCCCCACGAGCUGCGCUGCGUGAGUGGCAAGUGCAUCACCGUCAGUCAGCUGUGCGAUAAGCAAAUUGAUUGUCCCGAUGCCGCCGACGAGCUGAUGUGCGUCUAUCGGGAGCGUCCCAGUGGCCGUAGGACUACCACGACCAGCAGCACCACUUCGACCCCGAAGCCGCCCAGAGCCACGCCCACGCCCACGCCUACAAGCAGUGCCAGUUCCAGAACCACAUCGACGAACCACAGUGCCAAAGGCAGCACCACAACGCGACGCUCAGUGCGGACCACGCCCAAUCGAAGUCGAAAGCCCAAGUCUUAGAGUGAUGUAUCUUGUAUCUUGUAUCUUGUAAUGGUUAUUUAUAUCUCUAUCUCUAUCCGUAUCUGUAUUUUAUUUCUUCUUCGCGCUCGCUAUAUGUACGAAUUUAAGUUAGUUUUUAGCUAGAUUUUA